GACUCUCCAAUCAUGAAGUACAAACGCAUGUUUAACAAACGCAAGCAAGCGACUCCUUCGCCAGUGAGGGAAUCCGAAGUGGAUGAUUCGUCUGUGGCUCAUAAUCACAGUGCCCUGGAGCUGGAGGCUGCUGCAGCACUCCUCUUGCUGCGCUACCAAUACGAUCGCCAGGCCUGCAAUAAUAUCAUAUCCUACACCGAUUCCUGCUCGCCAACUCCUCCGCCUGCAGUGGCUGACAAUACAACGCCAAAGGAUCAGACGGUUAGGCCACCAGUCGCCAGUCAGCCGCUAAAGAAACGCUCUAUACCAUCGCACAUCCUGCGAAGAUCCUUGACACCGGCCAAAUCCGAGAGUUCGGUGAGCAAUAAAUCAAUUACCAAGGCCAAAACAAGGACUUCCGUGCCCAACAAUGAACGCACAUGCAACAAGUCCCUGCUUAAGUCCUGCAGAAAUAUGAUUCGCGAGUUCUUGGACAAUCAGGAGCUCAUUUAAAAACAAGUAACAGUCUUCUGAAAUAUC